AUGUUUGAUCUUCUCGAUUUCAGAAACGAUUCCACGUUCUGUGCUGUUGGUGACCAUGCAGGAUGUCAGUACGCACUAGCUGCACUUGGCGACGGUCAGCUCUUCACAUUUAUUGUCGAUCCGGAAACAGGUUGUUUGAGGGAUCGCAAGAAAAUCUCACUCGGCAGUCAGCCUAUUACUUUAAGCCAAUUCCAAUCCAAAGGACAGAGGCACGUGUUUGCCGCGUCUGACAGGCCUACGGUGAUCCACACCAGCAACGGGAAACUGAUAUAUUCGAAUGUGAACCUAAAAGAAGUUACUCAUAUGUGCCCAUUCAACUAUGAGGAUGAGGCUCUUGCUUUAGUUACUGAGGGAUCUUUGAAAGUUGGGACAGUGGAAGCUAUUGAGAAGCUUCACAUCAAGAAGAUACCUCUUGGGGAGACGGCGCGUCGUAUUACGCAUCAAGAAAAAAGUGGGACGUUUGGUGUUCUCACCUUACGAAUAGUCCAGAAUGAGGAAACAGGGGAUGAGGAAGAAACAGGAUAUUUGAAGCUUUUGGAUGACCAGUCUUUUGAAGUGUUGGACCAAUUUGCCAUGGACACGUUCGAGAAUGUCCAGUCGAUUGUAUCCACGGAGUUCACUGGCGACCAGAAAACGUACUACUGUGUGGGAACCGCGUAUGUACUUCCGCAGGAGGACGAGCCGUCUAAAGGAAGGAUCUUGGUUUUUGACGUGACGGAAGAAAGACGACUCAGACUAGUUCAUGAGCAAGAAACUCGUGGUUGCGUUUACUGCAUGGCGUCUCUAGGAGGAAAGUUACUGGCGGGUAUAAAUAGUAAGGCUCAAUUGUUCAAAUGGGAGGUAGCUGAUGACGGUAUAACCAUGUCCUUAGUGGAACGAGCCACACAUCACGGACACAUUCUUGUAUUGACGAUCGCCGUGCGAGGGGACUUUGUGCUUAUCGGUGAUCUAAUGAAAUCGGUAUCCGUCCUCUCCUACAAUGCAGGGGAUGACUCUUUGGAGCUGAUAGCCCGGGACCCGGACGCGAAUUGGAUGACGGCGGUCGAAGCGCUGGACGAUGAUGUGUAUAUAGGAGCAGAGGAUCAUAGUAACCUAUUUGCCCUCAGAAGACGAAGUGAGGCGCAGGUGGAGGAGGAUCGGCGACGAUUAGAAAGUUUUGGCUGGUUUCAUUUGGGAGAACAAGUAAACCGGCUGAGGCAUGGCUCGCUGGUUAUGAGCUUGCCUGAUAAUGAAGCUGUUGCUACCCCUGUACUUUUAUAUUGCACGGUGAAUGGAGGUAUCGGCGUCGUGGCGACCUUGGACGACAGCACUUUCCGCCUGUUAUUGGAUGUACAAGACAAUUUGCGCCGAAUUGUGAAAGGAGUUGGGGGCCUGGCCUAUACAGAGUGGCGGCGGUUUGAAAACCGACGGCGAACUAUGAACGCCGAAAGCUUUUUGGAUGGUGACUUGAUCGAAUCAUAUCUUGAUUUGACGAGAGAGCAGCAGCAAGCAGUGGUGGAUGGAAUGCGACUGCCGAGAGACGGUCAUCGCGACGGUCAUGGAAUGAAGAAGCUAGACAUCAAGGUCGAGGAACUGACUCGUAUGGUCGAAGAACUGACCCGUAUACAUUAA